AUGGGAAACGACCGCAUAUGGAAAGAGAACCUCAAAUGGGAGAAGUAUGGGGACGACUUGGAACUCAGCUUCGAGAGGGUCGGUUGGAUAAGAAUAAUGGGGUUGCCAUUAAAACUCUGGGGAGACCAUAACUUUGUUACAAUCACUGGUCGAUAUGGGAAAACAAUUUCCCCUUUCGAUGAUGUUUAUCAUCGUGGUGAUUUAUCAUAUGUAAAGGUGGGUAUAUUAACGACGAUGUGUGAUCGGAUUAAUGAGGAGAUUACUAUGGCCACGGAAGAUAAGUUAUUCAAGUCGAUAUCGUAG